CAGCGUGAAACGUGUGAGUGAAUUAAAGUACUUCGGUGGAAAAGUAAGGAGGAGCUGCCAGAGAUGCGCUCCUCCUCCGCCUUUCUGGCUGUGCUGCACCUUGACCUUCAGUCCUCUUCCCUCCUCUUUCCGCCCCCUCGUGAUGGGGAAGUUCUUGGGGACCUCACAGAGGCCCGGGGGCGGGGAUACCGGACAGGGAUGGAGACUGGCCCUGAGAUUGGGAGGGGGAUGGGCAGCGCUGGAGAAUAACGCCCUGGAGACAGGGCAGCGCAGCCCCAGACUCCCUGGAAAACCCAGCAGUCUGGAAAAGCUGGGUUUGGACUCACCCCUCUUUGAAGAGUUCUCAGGAAGUUUGGGGGAGGGGCGAGCCGCGCACCAGUUCUACCGGCAUCGGGCGCUGAGGGUGAGAAGGGACCACAAGCAGCAGCAGGUCUCAGUGCUUGUCAUAUUCCUGCUCACCGGUGGGCUCCGGGCACGCCCGGCAGGGUCCUGGGGGCGCAGGCAAGGGGACGUAGGCAGAGUGCUCGGGCCAGCAUGGAGGGACUGGUCUUCCUUAACGCCCUGGCCACUCGGCUGCUGUUCCUGCUGCACUCGCUGGUCGGGGUCUGGCGAGUGACCGAGGUGAAGAAGGAGCCGCGGUACUGGCUGCUUGCGCUGCUCAACCUCUUGCUCUUCCUGGAGACUGCGCUCACCCUCAAGUUCAAGCGCGGCAGAGGCUACAAAUGGUUUUCACCAGCCAUAUUUUUAUAUCUGAUUAGCAUCGUUCCAUCAUUAUGGCUCCUUGAAUUGCACCAUGAGACCCAGUAUUGCAGUAUCCAGGCUGAAGGAACAUCACAGAAUACCAGCAGAAAAGAAGACUUCAAUCAAACAUUGACAUCCAAUGAACAAACCAGUAGAGCUGAUGAUCUCAUUGAGACGGCCAAAGUUUUUGUGAAUAACUUAUCUACAGUAUGUGAGAAAGUUUGGACAUUGGGACUCCAUCAGACAUUCCUGUUAAUGCUAAUAAUUGGAAGAUGGCUUCUACCCAUUGGAGGCGGGAUCACUCGAGAUCAACUCUCUCAACUUCUUCUUAUGUUUGUGGGGACAGCGGCUGACAUACUGGAAUUCACAAGUGAGACCCUAGAAGAACAAAAUGUGAGGAAUAGUCCUGCACUAGUCUAUGCCAUCCUUGUUAUAUGGACUUGGAGCAUGCUGCAGUUUCCACUUGACCUGGCAGUACAGAACGUUGUGUGCCCUGUGUCUGUGACAGAGAGGGGAUUCCCCAGCCUGUUCUUUUGCCAGUACAGUGCCGAUCUGUGGAACAUCGGAAUCAGCGUCUUCAUACAAGAUGGCCCCUUCCUUGUCGUGCGUCUCAUACUGAUGACCUAUUUCAAAGUGAUCAAUCAGAUGCUGGUGUUCUUUGCCGCGAAGAACUUCCUCGUGGUGGUGUUGCAACUCUACCGCUUGGUGGUGCUGGCAUUGGCAGUCCGUGCUUCGUUGAGAAGUCAGUCAGAAGGCCUGAAAGGAGAACAUGGUUGCCGGGCACAGAACUCUGAGAGUGGGCCCUCUCAGCGGAACUGGCAGAACGAGUCUAAGGAGGGCCUGGCUAUUCCUUUGCGGGGCUCCCCAGUCACCUCCGACGACUCCCACCACACCCCUUAGUUAUUGAUUGACAGUGGUCUGCGGCUAGAACCUGACUCCCUGGUUCUUCUUACAGGGAGGAUCCUUUUUCUCCCCCAACCUUGGCGUAUAAUAAUUUUCAAAAGAACAACAUAAAAAGGUGAUCUUAAACCAAAGCUGAGGAAUUUUCUUUUUUCAACUGAAUAGAAGGAACUUUGAUUAGUGACUAUUGCUACAACUUCUGUGUGAUGGUAUCAGAUGUUAUAGUUGUUCAACGACUAAGUGAUUUGUUUGUCUUGAACUGUUUGAAAAGCUAUGGAAGAGGUUACAGUGACAUGCCCUCGAAAGAUCUGGUGCAGACCAACUGUCGCGGCUGUUACCUGGAAAUAGAGAAGCUUUGAACUUUGCCUCCAUUGUCAGACUAUUUCGUCUGAUCUUUUCUGCAAUGUUCCUCUGACAUCAAAAAAUGUACAUUCAGUGAAUGCAGAACAAAUGAAGGGAAAAGUGCCUUUAAAAUUACCUCACUGUGGGCUGGAAGAAGCGAAAAUCUCUGCCCAGCUUCCGUAUCAUAGAGAGCCCUAUUCAUCGCUGCCCAGGCCUUCCCAGGAAAAUCAUUUUUCUGGGCUGAUGUUGUAUUCUGCCAUGGCGCAUAUGUUCUUACAGAAAUUUUAUUGCUUUUGGCUUGGGUGCUACAAAAUUCACAGCAAACCAUUUUGGUUACGUAUCUACUGGUUGCAAGGCAGGAAAUAUUGGUGAAAUGCUAGCAAAGUCACAAUUUCUACUCUGAACAUGAUUUGCAGUGUUCAUCAGUAUUUUUCUGAACCCUACUUUACCAUUUUCUGUAUUGCCAAGUUGAAUCAUGUGGGCUGAUGCAGGGAAGCUCUGAAGCAGUGAAUAAAGGUGUUUCGGGCCCUGUAAGUGUUUCCGUGGUUUCUGGUGUCUGCCAGCAGUAGUGAACAAAGCUGCAGCUUCUUUGAACCGCCACUACUGGAGGUGGCCUUUGCUCUCAGGGAACAUGGUGAUGGAGGGUUGCAUCAGCUCCACCCAUGGCCAACAGCCCUUGUUGAGUGACGGGAGUCGGAAUGUGCUACCCCGUUGUGGGAAUCAGGCAAUUCGCUUUAUUUUCUUGCAUUAAGACUUCAUUUUCCCAGUAUUGAAAUAGCCAUACUUUUCCCUUACAUACCUCUAUACUUUCCAGAUGGAGGUGAUUCAGAACCUUUUAAAGUGAUUUUUGCCUUUAAAGAUACAGCGUGAAAAUUUGCUCGGGUGUGUAGCAGUAAUUACACGAGGCAAACAGUUCCAAAACUGUUCUUUUAGGUUCAAAACCUAAUUCCCCCAGAUUAGUAUACUCGAGAAUUCAAAGGGACAUUUAAGGUGGGGUAUGCCCUUAAUUUGGUAUGACUUAUUGACAACCAGUUGGGACAAUUUUAUCUGUAACUCUCUGGGUGACAUGAUACCUAUUCGAAACAUUUUAUACAAACUUUUAUAGACAAAUUGUGUUUUUAUACAGUCAUGCAUAUUUUCUCAUAAAUGGCUUCUUCAGCGCCAUUGUUAUAUGUUUUUAUUUCUUUCUUCCUUGUGCUUCUAAUUUUAACAAUAUAAUGACUAUAAAAUGACACAUGGAACUAAUGGAAUACAUUUAUGAUUUUCCAUAAUAAUUUUAUGAAAGUUAAGAUCAAGAAACUAUAUUUAUAUGAAGUAAAUCACUUGACAACUUUUAAGGGCAUGUUAUUUAAAGUGCUCAGCAGUUGAAAGCAAAAUAAUAACUGCUAUUUAUAAAAAUGCCUCAGCAGAAUCUGUUUUUAUGUUGACUGCUUUAUGUUGAAUAUUUUCUUCCACAACAUGUAUGUGCUGCUUAUUAUUGCAGAUUUGCUCAUGGCAUACUUUUCAUGUUUUAAUUUUUUUCUUCCAGCAAAACAAACACUGAGGCCCUAAAAAUAGAUAAAGUAUAAAGUAGUACGGCUGUUGCAAGGAUAUUUUUAAAUGCUUUCAAAUCUGAGACUUGGCUUGGCUUCGUGAAUGAGUUUCUAGUGUUUAAAUUAAAGUAUUUUGUAAUUAGACUCCUCGUGGGCUUGAGAAAUAAAAAGCCUGUCCAAAGUCCAGCUUUAUUUAGAAGGUCAGGAAGUCAAAGAGCACCCAGGACCAUCUUGGCAAUUAAUAACGGCAAAAAUAGACCCAGCUUCUGCAAGGUUUUCCAGGAAAAUCUGCUUGGGGCAGCAUUUGUUAACCUAGCUGCCAGUACUCCCACUGGCUUAUACUGGCUGCUUUUAUAAUAGGAAAAAAAAUAUAUGCAUUUGCUUAGUUUAUUUGAAAAAAAGCUCUAAACCUAGGUUAUAUAUUAGCCAUUCCUGAGACUCCUGAUUAAAUAUUACAAAUUUGUUCAGUUCAUAGUUGUUUUUAGUGUAGACUGCUAAAUACUGUAAUGUUUCAAAACAUCGAAGUGUUUGUUAUAAAGUGGCUAGAACAUCAAUUACCUCCCAUGUGUGGACAUCCUGGGACUUGUUUACAUUUUAUCUGUAAUAAGAUAACUGACUCACAACACCUGUAUAAUGUGAUGCAAGUCAUCCUCUCUAUCAUAACCCCUCCCCGCAACACACAGCAGGUCAAUCCCCAACCCCUGAAGAAAGUGGCUUAUUUGAGGUUGUUGGUGCUGUUGGUAUUAUUGCCAUAGUUGUUAUUUAAUUGCUUGAUUAAACUCAGUCAAAUAUCCUUCCUAAAAACAUGUCAUUCCACUUGUGAAAGAAAACACAAUGUGCAUGUUUCAAUGAUACUGUGCAGAAACACACCUCAUGAUCAUCUUGUGGGUUUCUUUUGCCCUUACUGGAUGACUCUCAGAGGACAUGACUUGACAUAGUAACAUUAGUAAACUGUCUUUAUCUUUGAUUAUUCUUUUAAUUUUUAUUUGAGCUGUUUCAAUAGCAUAAUGAAAUAAAAUUUUGAAUUGGCCAAUAACAUGCUUUAUAAUCUUCCAGUGAAGAGUCUGAUACAAAUUUACUCUUGGCACUGUUGUAGUUCCACUAACAAAUACCACUUCAGACCUUAUAGAACCAUAUAGAUAUGGCCAAGGAAUAGCAGGAUUCACUAUUAUAAUACUAAUUGUUAACUCAUUAUUUAAUUGAACAUUUUCAAAGCUCUGGAAAGGCAUGCAUUUGUAGGUGCACAUGCUUUAAGAUUUCUAUCCAUCUUUCAGAGUUGAAUGUAAUAAUGUUUGGCAUUUAAUUCUUGAUAAUUCUUAACCAACUUUUCCUGUUACAAGAGAGAAAGAAUUGCAAAUGCCAGGCAUCUGUCCACUUUAGCCCCCCUCCAAUGCUAGGAAAGAGGGAUGGUGACGUAUACUACAGAGACGCAAAUGAAAUACCAAACAGUCUUGAAUUACAAGAAAAAAAGGGAUUGUUUUGUUUUUGGUUUUUUUUUUUUUUCUAAUUUCAGACUUGGCUUUUUACUUAGUGGACAUUCUGAUUUGCUCUCAGAAACAUCUGAUUUGGGGUUAAACUAGGCAGCUGGAGGAUGUUUACAGCUUUGAGGCUUCAAAUAAGUUUCCAUAUGCAGGGAGUAACUUUAAACAAUGUUUGAAUAAUUAACUGCUAAGUCUUAUAUUUUAUGUGUAUCUAUUUCAUCCUCUGACUCUUUCUUACUAGAAUACCAUGUAAGAAUAUUUUCUCUGCAGUAUUUAUAUUUAUACUAUUUUGCUAUGAGUGGCCUUUGUAUUUUAUUAUAUUCAUUAAAUAGUGUGUGCACAACUUUAUCUUAAUGUGGAUUUUUGCUGGCUUUUCAUGUCUUUGUUCUCUACUGCAAUUCAUUUCCUUUAUGGUUUUUAAGCUUUGGUUUAAAAAAUAAAACUGAUCUAUUUAGAAUAU